GCAGAUUCUCAGCAUAUUAUUACCAGGCAAAGUUUGGCGCUAGCAUUGUGUGCUGCUUGCGUGGAUGUUAACUAUUUCAGCUCUCUGUGUUCCGCCCAAAAAAUAACGAGGCUGCGCGUGGGGAGAAUGAUGGCCACGGCAGCGCCAGAAAGCGGCUCCAGCCUCUUGCCCUUACUGGAGUCCCUAGAGGACAGCACCGCGGGACAGCCAGAGCAAACCGAUGUCUACCUCACCAUAGCCAGCCGUCUCAGCGGAGAGGAAGGAAGGCAGUUUCUCCCUGCAGUCGAGAAGCACUUUUCCCGCCUGGGCAAGGCCAUCUUGACCCACAUCACUGGGCCUAACCCUGAGCUCAGCCAGGCAGCCUUGCAAGCCCUGGGCUUCUGUGUGUACCACGCACAUGUUGUCUCGGGGGUUUCUGAAAACUUUGCUUCAGAAAUAUUAUCAGCGCUUGGUUCCCUGGUUGUGUCCUCGACGGAUAAAAACUCCUGCACCCGGGCAUUAUGGGUAAUCUCCAAGCAGAGCUUUCCCUCCGAGGUCGUGGCCAAGAAAGUGGACCCCCUCCUGGAGAUGCUCGAGCGUGUGAUGAGCCGACGGGACAUCCAGUCGCUGGUGAUGGAGCACGAAGCCUUGAAUGUGGUGAUCAGGUUGCUGGAGCAGGCCCCGGUCCAGAUGGGCGUGGCGGCGGUGCGCUGGUCCAAGCUGGUCAUCCCCAUGGUGGUCCACUCGGCCUCCAAGGUGCGUCUCCGGGCGGCGGCGGCCAUGGAGCUGGGCCUGCCCCUGCUGCUGGAGCGGCAGAACGAGGUAGCGGCCGUCAUCGAGCCUCUGAUGCCCACGGUACUCGUACCGGAGCUACAGAAACUAUUUGCGUCGAAGAACGAAGUGAACGUGCUCAAACUCUGGCCUCUAUUCGUCAAACUCCUGGGAAAGCACCUCCAUCGAGGAGGCCCCUUCAUCAACUCCCUGCUGCACCUGGAGGAGCUGGGCUUCCGCAGCUCCUCGCCCAACGUCAAGAAGAUCGCCUUCAUCGCCUGGAAGAGCCUCAUCGACAACUUCGCCCUCAACCCCGAGAUCCUUUGCAGUGCCAAGCGCAUGAAGCUCCUCCUGCAGCCGCUGCUCUCCAUCCACGUGCGCACGGAGGCCCUGCAGCUCAGCCGUCUGGAGGUGUGGUGGUACCUGGUGGUGCGACUGGGCCCCAACCUGGGCCCCCACUUUGAGCAGGUGUCCAUUCCCUUACUCCAGUGCACCAUCCGGGCAGACUCCUCCACCUCCACCCUCCAGGCUGGGACCCCAGCGAGAGGCGCGGGGCAGAACAGCACCCUGGGCUCCUCCACUCCAAAGACCGGCAAUCCCACGUGCUUCAACAGCCCGGCCAACACUCCGCGCUUGAACCUCAGCCUGAGCCAGCAGGCCGGCCAAAGCUUCCCCCCCAUCCAGCUGCUGGGCCUGGAGAUGCUGCUGCACUAUUUCCUGGGGCCGGAGGUUGUUCCCGCUGCAGCGAGGGUCAACCUGCAGCUGACACUGGAGCCGCUGACGCACUCCUUCCUGUCGGGGGGCUCGACCUUCUCCAAGCACGCCGCCCUGCUUAUCUCCAGCGUGACGGACGGAUUCAUUAGCGUCGGAGCAGACGCCCCAGAUCCCCUCCUGGUCCUCAUCUGGAAGAGCCUGGUCAGUUUGGUCAGCUCCACAGUAGACUCGGGGAGCAGCAGUAAGAAGGAGCGGCAGGGCUCGGAGGUGCUGACCCUGAUGCUGCAGGCGCUGCAGACCAUCGCCGCCUCCGAGGCACUCCCUCCCAGCAGAGUCCUGGUCCUCUUGGAGAUCACGGUGAAAGGCAUACACCCCAGGGUGCUGGGCUCCGCGGCCUACCAAGUGGGGAAGAUGGACGUGCUCAAUGGUACCCCAGCACUCUUCCUCAUCCUCCUCCUCUACAACAGCGACAAGCUGUCGACCUACGCAGAAGACGAGAGGUUCUUCCAGUGUCUGAACACGCUGGUGGGGUGUGGGCUGGCGGGGCCCACGUCGUCCCUGGCGUUCGUCGAGGCGGUGCUGGGGGCCGCGGCCCGCAGGGCCUCCUUCGUGCCCAGCAAGGAGCAUCUGUGGCGGAUGUGGAGCGCCGUGGUGACGCCCCUCACGGACGCAAUCACCCAGUCCAACGAGGUGAACCAAGGCGACGCUCUGGAGCACGACUUCAGCGCGGUCCACUCCUCCCUCAUGUUCCCCGUCAGACACCUCCUGCUGGUCGACCCUCUCCCCCAGAUGACCCAGAAGUCCUUGCUGUCGACGUGGUCCAAGCUGUACCGGGUGUUCGCCCGCUGCUCGGCCCUGGUGCUCACGGCGGAGGAGAACGUGUCCUGCGAGGAGCUGUGCGUCAGGAUGGCCGCCUUCCUCAACGCAGACACGCUGGCUCGCCCUGCCACACUGGACGCCGUCUCCGGUAUGCUGCAGGUCAUGGUGGAGUGUGUGGACUUCUCUCCGUACACGCCCACGUUUCAGCAGAAGACCAAGUCCCCCUGCACACCCGUCAACUGGACCCGCAAGAGGAGCCAGGCCCUGGGGAACCUCGCCGCCUUCCAGGCCCUCCUGAUCCAGGCCCUGGAGGCCUUUCUGGCCGCCGCGGGCCCCUCGGAUUCCACCGGGCUGCCGCUGGCCUCCGUCCUGUCCACGCUCUUCAACAGCCUGGCUCAGGCCACGCCCCUCCGGGUGGCGCUGGGCUCCCUGGCUCCGCACCUCGCCGUCCUCUACAGACGGGCCGCCACCACCACCAGCGGGACCCCUGCCUUCUCCUCCCAGCUGGUGACGAAGCUGGAGAAGCUCCUGGUGGAGCUGCUGGGCCACCUUCAGAGCCGCUCCACGCUGGACUACGACGACCAGCUUCUGCUCUACCUCGCCCCCCUGCUCUGCGUCGCCUUCCCGCACAAGAACAAGGCCCUGCGCACGCAGGCCACGCACUUCUGGAACGCCACCUUCGCCAAGGCGUCCAGCCUCGCCUACCCUGAGGAGCUGAAGCCGGUCCUGAGCCAGGUGAAGAGGAAGACCCCCAUCAUCCUGCCGGGCUUUGAGGCCGUUGCGGUGUCUGAGGAGCACAGCGGACCGUAUUCGAGCGACUGUUCGCAGUUGGACACCAAGCUGAGCGGUGUGCAGAUGCCGUCUGCGGGGAAGAGGGACUCCUUGCUGGGCAGGGCUGCGGAGCUGAAGGACCAGAGCGCCAAGUCCCUCGCCAAACCCGUCUCUACCAAGCUGGACUUCGGCUCUCCCAAGCCCCCCCCCAGGGGGGUGCUGGAGGAGGAAGCCUCCACCGACUUUGUGUUCAUUCCCCCCGAGAACAAGGAGCGCGUGCUGACGGAGCACCAGAAGGAGGUCAAGAGGACCAAAAGGGGGGACCUCCCUGCCAUGUACAACAACCUGGACGCUUCCCUGGACACCACGGCCUUCACCCAGUACACCCAGAGCCAAGAGGAUUCCACAGAGAAGUUAAUUGCGGAACAACCCAAAAGUGCCGAGUCCCCUGUCAAGGUUGAUGAAAUGGAAGUCGAGGGAGAAUCGGACCUUCUAUACAAGGACACUGAGGACUACACCAGUCCGGGCGCCGCAAAAAACAAGGACCCUGCAGUGGUCGAGCAGGAGGGGGGGGUGAUCCCGGACUCGGCCGACGUGUCCAUGCAGGACGCCCAAGAAAACCCGGAGCCCAACGAGGGCGCCAGCGCUGACGUCUCCGGCUCCUCGGACCUGGUCUCUGGCACCCCUCCGAAGCCCAACAGCAGGAGGCAGUCCUUCAUCACCCUGGAGAAAUAUGUGGAAGGCCAGGCCGCCAGCCCCAUCCAGGUGACCAAGUUCACGGGGCGCCUCACACGCCCCGCCAAAGACAAAGUGAGCCCCGCCCAGGCGGAUAUCUCCUCACCGAGCAGGGAUGAGCCGAUGGCGUCGGAGAUCUCCUCACCGAGCGCGGAUGUGCCAAAGCUGUCGGAGAUCUACUCACCGAGCAGGGUUGAUCCGAUAGUGUCGGAGACAUCCUCACCGAGCGGGGUUGAGCCGUUGGUGUCGGAGACAUCCGCACCGAGCGGGGUUGAGCCGAUGGUGUCGGAGACAUCCUCACCGAGCGGGGAUGAGCCCAAGCUGUCGGAGACACUCCGGCCCGCAGAGUCUAGCUCGCCACCGGACAGCACUGACUCGGACCAAACGAGCAGCGAGCUGGAGGAAAACCCUGCCAAGAGGCAUUCCAGUGGCGGAACAGAAGACGAGGACGAUGUUAUCCCUGACACACAGGCUACUUCCGGGGACGAGAGCGCAACCGGAAGGACUAAGGAAGAAUCGGAUGGUGGUGCAGCUCCAGAGGAGCAGGAAUCGAAUGGAACCAAUCAAGAGACUGUAGAGUCUGAUGGAUCUCAGGAAGAUGCCAACAAUUCCCAAUCCAUCUCUGCAGAUGCAUCCAGGCGGUCUGGGCGCAUCAGGGUGCGCCCUCGGUUGCCAGGACAAUGCUCAGAGGAUGAGGAGGAGGAGAAGAAGGAGAAGAAGGAGAAGAAGAAGAAGAAUAAGAAGAAGGAUAAAAACUCCCUGGAUUACAAGGGCAGGACUGGUUCUGUCACCGCAAAUAAGGCGGAUGACCUGUCGCCACAAAGCAGGUCUGGCAGGCGGGGGAGACUGGCCACAUCCGAGGCAAACCAAAGCGAAGAAAGGCUGAGGAAGAGUCCUCGGAUUGACAAGAAAAAGUUGUCUCAAUCCGAUUUACCGGCCAGGGGUUCCCGUAAGACGGCGUUGUACAGCCAGUCAUCAUAUCUGCUCGGCUCGGAGGAGGAGAAGCCCCGGAGGAGAAGUGCCAGAGGAGGCGAGCACAGCCAAACGGACUCUCAGCCAGAAACGAACACUGAUUCAGACAGCCAGGCAAGGCGGAGUCUACGGAAGAAGGCAGUUGCCACAGAGACUGAAAAGCCUGCGACGGCCAAGCAGCAGGCUAAAGGCUUGGCGGCGGAGAAACCACCCGUAUACCCUAAGCUUAGUGCUCCCAAAAUACACGAGCCGCCACCACCAACGGGCUCUCCAGCGCCCCCACACUCUCAGAAUGAAAGCCAGUCCCAGGAAAUGCCAGACGCAAAGACUACAGUUAUCAGUAACUCUGAGGAGUUUGAGCCUGAGAGACAUGCUGGGAAGGUUGAGGCCAUGGCCUCCCUGAGCGCCCCCGUGACGCCUGCACCCGUGAAGCCUGCACCCCAGGCGCCUGCACCCGAGAAUCCUGCAUCUCAAGUGCCUGCAUCUCAAGUGCCUGCAUCUCAAGUGCCUGCAUCUCAAGUGCCUGCAUCUCAAGUGCCUGCAUCUCAAGUGCCUGCACCCGACGAGGCUGCACCCGACGAGGCUGCACCCGACGAGGCUUCAGCUGAGGCGCCUGCUGCACCCGAGACUUCUACAUGCAAGGUAGUUACACCUGAAACUAUUGUAUCCGAGGAGGCUAAACCCGAGACUGCUGCACCCGAGACGGCUGCACCCGAGACGGCUGCACCCGAGACGGCUGCACCCGAGACUUCUGCACCCGAGACUUCUGCACCCGAGACUUCUGCACCCGAGACUGCUGCACCCGAGACUGCUGCACCCGAGACUGCUGCACCCGAGACUACUGCACCCGAGACUUCUGUACCCAAGGACGCCACACCUGAGGCUACAUCUGAGGCACCCGCUGCACCCGAGGAGGCUACAACCGUGGCGCCUGCUGCAUCCCAGGCGCCUGCUGCGCCCGAGACUGCUGCACUGCCCUCCCCGACGGACCGCCAGCCCAAACCACGUCGCAGUGAACUUAGCUUGUUAGUAGAGGGCUUGAGUGGGUCAUCGACUGAUGAGGACAAGAGAAGGGCCGGUGCAGCCAACUCAAUCAACCAGGAAGACUCUCAAGCGCUCACUCUGUCUUCCUCCGGCAGCCAGCUGCAGAACAGACUCAGGCGAAGGGGCAAGGCCUCCGCACAGUCACUUGAGGCUGCUGAGAAAAGCCAAAAUUUAACCGAAAGCGAACUGGAUGCCGAGGCUCAGGCGUCCCCUUCUGCUGUCAGAACCAGGACCAGAAGCAGCUUGCCGCCUGGGGAGCAGGUUUCCCAAACCAUCUUCUCCUCCCUGGAUAAGGCUGCCUUGGCAGCCCGUAAACCAAACUCAGGCCGGGGCAAAUAUCCAAGACGGAGGUCAUCCCUAGCCCUCCUGGCCAACAAUGAGAACUCAGAAUCAGAAUCCUCCGAGACUAUAGAGUCUCCUCCCUCGAAAAAGAAAAUCAGAUAUCAUAAGGCCCCUCUGGUGCCAAGCCCUUUAACUGUACAGAGCGCAGCCAUGGACGAUGCCUCUGAAACCUCUCAAAGUGAUCCCUCACAGGGCACACCCACAAUAAGCCCCUCGAAAACCAAAUCUCUGUUGCAAUCGCAGAAGGAGGCAUUAAUCUCACUUUCAAGGGUGCCAUUGGUUUUCACGGAACUCGAGCAGCAAUGUGAGGUGGGGGUUAUCCCGAUUGUAGCCCUGGAGCAAGUCCCAGAGAAAGCGGGAACCGAGAACACAAAUCCCAUUGCUCCCAACACAGACUUGAAGUGCAAGUUGUCACUAAUUGCUCCAUCUCAAGAAGACUGCGAGCAGAGGCUUUCUCAAGCAAAGCUGGACCCCUCGGACCAGGUUCCUCUGGACUGCGAGUCCACUGAUACAAUAACAGAAUGUUCUCAGGACGUUCUUCUACCCCCUGUUUCCGCUGCGCCCACCUCGGCCACAAACGCCAGCUCGAAUGAGGACGAGGAUGAUGGUGACGACGAGGUGUUCACCGACGCUACGGAUCUGUCGUCUGCUCUUGCAGACCAUUGUUCCACGCCGGCGGCGUCCAGCGAGGCCACUGCGAACCAGAGCUCGUCGGCCUCUGGCUCCUCAGAGGAGAAGGGUCAACAUGUGGCUCAACCGGCGCAAGAGGAGGUCAUUGCGAAAGUACCACAGGCGAACUCUUCGGAACCAUCCAGAGUACCGGCAGACGGCAAAGGUGGCGAGGACGCCGCUUCCACCCCGGCUAAACAGGACGAGGGCGCACCUCAAAAGGCCCUAGAUAUACUUGUAGUUGAACAGGAGGUGGGCCAGAUCAGCUCACGGGAAGACCCAGCGGGGUUGGCUGAAGCCACGACGAGUGUCCAGGAUGAAGUCAGGGCAGCACAAGCUAUUCCAUGUCCUCAAGUAGCGGAGGAGGAACCAGGCACAUCCUCCCUGUGGAACUCGACGCACGCCGCCAAAGAGGACAAUCACUCUUCUCCUGCAAAGCGCUUGACCCCCGAGGUUGGGUUGGGACUGGAGGUCACUCAGAGCCCCAGUGGCAGGACCAGGGGGACCUGGUCGCCCUCGGCCUCCCCGUCCUCCAGUAUCCUCAAGAAGGCCCAGAAGAGGGCGCUGGAAGAGGACGCCGCCAUCUCGCCUCUGGUCAAGUCCAGGCGCGUGUCAUUCGCCAACCCCAUCCAGCACCAGGAACUGGCCGACGACAUCGACCGACGCAGUCCCGUCGUCAGGACCAGCUCGCCCAAACGGUUCAAAUCCAACAGCGCCAUCCCGCAGUCUAAGUACGUCACCACGCCAACCAAGGGACUGCUGGUCCUUAGUCCGAGGAACCUCCAUAGCUCCGGGUACAAGAGCUCCAAGAAAUGUCUGAUGUCUGAGAUGAGCCAGGAGCCUAGGGCCAUUCCCAAGGACUGUGUCUUCCCUUCACUGGUUUGCUGCUCUGCACCCAUAGAGGCUGUGCUUCCUCUGAUUUCCACCAACAUGUGGCCCCGUGGGUUUGGUCAGCUGGUGAGGGCCAAGAACAUCCGGACGGUGGGGGACCUGAGUUCACUCAAGCCCCUCGACAUCAAGACUCUGCCCAUUCGCUCGCCGAAGAUCGCCAACGUCAAGAAGGCUCUUCAGCUUUAUGAGGCACAGCGUAAGAUGCGAGGAUUUGGGGAUGAGUUGAAGAGCUUCGAGGAGAUGGAGAAGAUGAUGUCCUCCUCUGAACCGGAGGAGACCAACACUUCACUCAACCAGGAGGAGGAUGGCAAGACCCCUCACGAGACCCUCGCCACAGAGUUGGUGGACGAAGACCAGCCUGCGGACCAAGAGAGCGUCCUUGCGGAGACGUCGACCCACGACGUGGAGACGGCAACCGACAAGAUGGAGGCAAAGAAGGAGCCUGUGGAGGCCAUGGAGGAGCUGGAAGAGUCGAAGGUAGUGGAGGUGGAGGAGGCCCGUCGGAGCGUGCCGCAGUCCCCCAUCAGGCACCUCUCCCCCGGGGGGCUUCUCUGCCAGGCGGACGCCCUGAGCUCCAGUGCCAGCAUUGAGGAGCUGGGUCUCUGCACGGCGGAGCAGCUGGUGAGGCUGCACGACACCCUGGGCGGCGUGAUGCGCAGCGUGGUGCUGGAGCUCCAGAGCCGCCUGGGUCACAUGGACGGCACGCGCCGAUAGGCCGACAGCGACAGUACACGGAAAGACAACCCCCCCCCCCUCAUGACAUUACUGCUGGGUCUGCUCAGGCUGGGUCCUUCUCAAGCUGGGUCCUCCUCAAGCUGGGUCCUCCUCAAGCUGGGUCCUCCUCAAGCUGGGUCCUCCUCAAGCUGGGUACUUCUCAAGCUGGGUCCUCCUCAAGCUGGGUCCGUCUCAAGCUAGGUCCGUCAGAAGCUAGGUCAUACAAGGGGUUCUGAACCGGCUCGAAUGUUUUUUUAUUGUUUUUAAGAGUUGACACAUGUAUGGCUGUUUUGUUAGUGUAAAUAUCAAGUAAAAGGGAUUAGUUAAGAGUGGUGUCCAACUAUGUUUGAAGUGAUGGCCAUGAAAAAGCACUUUGUUUUACCCCCGUUCCCCGCAACCGGUCUAGGAAUUUUUCCUUUACCAGACAAACUGACAUUUACCAUUCAACCUCUUCAACACUUGUGUUUUUUCAAUUUAGUUCAUUAAUAGGUACUCGUUAUGGGUAACCGCUGCUUCUAUUUUAACACCUCAUCCAUGGCCACUCCUACUUCGCCAGCGCUUGUGUAAAUUUCUUGCUAGAAUUUUGCAAUUUGCCCUUUCAAUUAUUUUAUCAUUUGCCUUGCCUAUUUUCCCUUUUUAGUGUCAAAAACGGAUAAUUCGAUUAUUCCAAUGUCUGGGAUUUUUAUCAAUAAAUCACUCAAAUGAGGACGUAUUGUUGUAUGGUUGAUUGUUGUGCUCUCUUUUAAGGUUUAGGCAUUUAAUACCGUAGAACGAUCAAAUCCACAUAUCUGAUUCUGUGGUGUGGAUUAAAGAGGCCGCACCUGUUUUUAGAAGUCGACAUAAAGAGUUUUAAUCUCGCCCCAUAUGCCAAGUUUACCUGGACUGGCAUCAAUGUCCACAUCAGCCGUCUGCUGAAAUAUCAGUCUCACUGAAAACGUACAUGAUGAGAGUGGGGGUAGGAGUUCAGGGAGGGAUGGUGGUAGAAAAGGAGACGCCACAUUGCAGGAG